AUGACACUGGCAGCCUACAAAGAAAAAAUGAAAGAGCUCCCCCUGGUGUCCCUCUUCUGUUCCUGCUUUCUCUCAGAUCCUUUAAAUAAACCAUCAUAUAAAUAUGAAGUAGACACUGUAGACCUGACCUGGUGUGUCAUAUCUGACAUGGAGGUCAUUGAACUCAACAAGCGCACCUCUGGACAAUCCUUUGAGGUCAUCCUUAAGCCACCGUCCUUCGAUGGGAUCCCUGAAUUCAAUGCCUCCCUGCCUCGACGGCGUGACCCAUCAUUGGAGGAGAUCCAGAAGAAGCUAGAAGCUGCUGAGGAACGACGUAAGUACCAGGAAGCAGAACUCCUGAAGCAUUUGGCAGGAAAGCGGGAACAUGAGCGGGAGGUCAUCCAGAAAGCCAUUGAGGAGAACAACAAUUUCAUCAAAACUGCCAAAGAGAGGCUGAUACAGAAAAUGGAGUCCAACAAGGAGAAUCGAGAGGCACAUUUAGCUGCUAUGUUGGAACGUCUUCAGGAGAAGGAUAAGCAUGCUGAGGAGGUCCGGAAGAACAAGGAAUUAAAGGAAGAGGCCUCAAGGUAA